AUGUCUAAUACAGUGCCAGUCAUCGGGCGCGACACGCCUACUUACAUCCCAACUGUACCUUUACCACUCCCAGAUCCAUUUGACCAGCAGAGCAACUCACGUCUACCGCGCGACUUCCUCUUCAUCGUCAUUGGUGUCAUUCUUCUAUGCAUCAGUCUGUCGCUCCUAGCGUGGACCUGUACAGCUCCGUGGCGCGCACGACGGUACGCGGCGCUCAGGGCCAAGCGCAUUGAGCGAGACGCUGAGCAAGCACGUCUACUGCAAGAGAAGCGACGGUCGCGUCUCUCACUAGCACUAAGUACAGAUGCGCCCUCGCACCAACUACUAUCGCGUCAUGGGAGACCAACGAGCAUCUACAACCCUGGCUCUUUGUCCUUUGCACACGCGCCACAGAUGAAGCAGGCGGUGGAGCUUGCCGAGACACGACCCUUGUCGAGUGUUCAUACCGUCUCUGGAGACCGACGACUGUCAAGACUGCUUACUACUGGCGGGAGAGAGUCUACGGCAGGAUCAAUAAGCUACGGCACAUUAUCACGCACUAGCAUGCAGCAAAGCACUCGUCCCGUCAGCUUGGCUACGCUCAAUCACAGCAAGCCUUCGCCGAACCUUCAGCAUCUGCGUCGCUCGCCGCAGUCCAGUGCACCACGACCUGUUUCGCAGGCUUCCAGCUACCUGCCGGCUGGCUACUAUCGCCGCAGUGCAUUGCUCAACAACACACCGCCACGACCGUCGCGUGAGAUGCGACCGCCUUCCUUCUUGCCCAUGCCUGAGCUACAGACAAGUCCUGAUGGCGAUAGCGGUGCCUUUGCGCCAGAGGCUGAGUCGUCAAGGGCGCAUUCGACAUCAUCCGUGCAACAACCACGCAGAAAGCAGAGGCCACCACGACCACCGACUGAGCUACUGCAAGCUUUGCUGAAUGAUGGUUUGUAG